AUCCCUAUUCAAUAUUUGUUUAACUUUUUAUUUUGCAAUCUCAUUCGAAAUUUUUUCAUGAGAAGAGUUAUGAAAAUCGUUCCAAAAAAAAACGACGUGAAAAUGUCGGACGUUUUAGUUCGACAGCCUUUUGCGAGUGAAGAAAUUCUUCGAAAAGUACAUAUUAUUCAACAGGUUUGGUAUCAGGUAUCACUACAGGCGUAGAAGAAAGGCAAGUACAUGUAUUCAUACAGUUUGCAAGCCUGGAUAUUCAUUGAGAAAGAAAGAAAAACCUCGUGGAAAUUAGCAGCAGAAAAUGCCCUCGAAUCUUACUCUAGUGGUCACGAUAUUGUAGUCUGUUGUCAACUGACAAUUGACAGUUGUAUUUGAAUUGAAUUUGAUAACUGAAAGAUCAAGUUAUAAAUUAAAUUUGUUGGCGUAAUAAUGGAGAAUAAUACUUCUGCUUCAGAAAACGCAAAGAUUGAAGCUAUGUCAAAAGAACUGAUUGAUCUAAAAGAAGAUGUAACUGAUAUUUCAAAAUAUUUCAAAGAAGCAUUUCAAAGAAUCCGUUCUGAUGCUGAGGAUGUUCAAUGCAACAUGGAAACUGGAAAUACCUUAAAAGUUGGGAAGAAGUCAGUUCAGUCCUUGAUCGAACUUAAAAAUCUGGCAUCUGAUAUAUUCUCCGGCGUUAGAAACAAUGAAAUCAAAUGCUUUAAUCAGGAGAUCGAUGUGACACCAAUUUGGAGAAAUAUUUAUGAACUGAAAAAUAUGAACAGCGAGACACGAGAAAUCAUAAAUUUACUGGAGUCUUUAAACGAUUCUACUGUAAAACUGAUCGAGCAAGAGAAGAAUCAGAAACCAAAUACUGUCAACGGCAAUGGCAAUGAGUCUUGUGCUUCGUCUAUUUCAAUCGCUAGUGAUCCUUCGAUUUCUGAAUUCAGUCUUUUCGAUGGUAGCAGCACCAAUGCUGCUACAUCUUCUCCAAUAUGCAAGACUGAAUAUCCCCAAAAUCAAGAUGAAUAAUUCCUCAAUUUCAAAAUGUUAAUCCAUUGAAUUUUUUUUUGUAAAACUGUUACUGUUAAAUAAAUGUUUAUAUUUCUUAUGUA